UUAAUUGUCUAUUUCCAUACAUAAGCACUUCAUGUUUCACAAAUUAUUUAUUUUAUCACAAGAAAAAGUUUACAGUUUAAAUAGCCCAAGUCUUAAGUAAAAGUAAUAGUUCGUGAUUAUUUUGAAAAGUGUUUGCAAGCUUAUAUUUGAUCAAAAUGAAUAAUUACUCAACAAAGUCAUCAAAAUCGAAAAACUCGCCAAUGCCACAGCGUAGUAGAAAUCAAAAUCAAAAUCAAUCGAUUGUUAUCAAAGAAGAAUCUGACCAUUCAGAUGGGGAAGCCGAAUUAGUACAAAGUGAUGAAGAUGAAAUCUCUGAAUUAGAGCAUCUUCGUAAACUUUUUAUUGGUGGUUUAGCCUCAUACACCAACGAAGAAUCCCUAAAGUCUUACUAUCAACAAUGGGGUAAGGUAGUUGAUUGCGUUGUGAUGCGGGAUACUGUCACCAGAAAAUCUCGAGGAUUCGGUUUCAUCACGUAUACAAGGGCUUCUAUGGUUGACAGGGCCCAAAAAGAACGGCCGCAUAUCAUAGAUGGAAAAUCGGUUGAAGCAAAGCGAGCUCUUCCUCGUCCUGAGCGUGAAAGCCGUGAAACUAAUGUAACUGUUAAGAAAAUAUUUAUUGGAGGACUAAAGGACAAUCACGAUGAAGAUUGUCUGCGAGAAUAUUUCUCUAAAUUUGGUAAAGUAGUAAGUGUUAAAAUUCUGACUGAUAAGUCAACUGGAAAGAGGCGCGGUUUUGCCUUUGUCGAGUUUGAUGAUUAUGAUGCUGUUGACAAGACCAUAUUACAAAAAACACAUUCUAUUAAAUAUGUGUUGGUUGAUGUUAAGAAAUCCGUCUACAAUCAAGAAAAGGAAAAGCGUAAUAAUGCUGCAAUCGCAUCAGGAGCUGCACAAAACAGAAGAGGUCCAAACCACAUAAAUCCCUUCCAAUCGCGACCGCCAAUGAAUGGCCUACCAAUGAAUGGUCCUCCUAUGAAUGGUCCACAUAUGAAUGGCCCACAUAUGAAUGGUCCCCCUAUGAAUGGUCCACCAAUGAAUGGUCCACAUAUGAAUGGUCCCCCUAUGAAUGGUCCCCCAAUGAAUGGUCCCCCAAUGAAUGGUCCCCCAAUGAAUGGUCCACCAAUGAAUGGUCCACCAAUGAAUGGACCACCAAUGAACGGUCCAACAAUGAAUGGCCCACCAAUGAAUGGUCCACCUAUGAACGGACCACAGCCUCCAGCAAAUUGGGGACCCCCGAAUAACUUUAAUGGCUACAAUCAACAACCACCCAUGAACAACUGGAACUGGAAUCAACCACCUCAAAAUGUCUGGAAUGGCCCACAAUACCCUCAAUGGAACCAGGGUAACUAUGGACCCCAACCUCAAGGCAAUUGGAAUGCUGGGCCUGUUCCGCCCCAAGGUAACUGGAAUGCUGGGCCUGUUCCACCACAAGGUAAUUGGAAUGCUGGUCCACCUCAACAACAAAGACCAAUGCAACAAUCCGGCCCCUCUCAACCACAAGGUAACCAACCACAACAAAUGGCACAACCAGCAGUACCCCCACUGCAACAAGGGAACCCACAAAAACAAAUGGACCAACAAAGCCAAAGGCCCCAACAACAACAACGCCAACAACAACAACAGCAACAACAAGGACCUCAAGGCCAAAAUAACUCGAACUUACAAAGUCCUCAACAAAACUUUGGAACUGGCUAUCAACAAAACUACGGAGGUGGACCUCAAAAAAGUAUCUUGACCAACAGUACUCGUAAGAAUCCUUACAAUUCUCCAUCAGGAAGUUCCAUUUCUCGACAGCAACCUGUUCCCCCAGGUAGCUCCUCAAAUCGUCGUUAUUAAAGCUUAAUAUAACAUGAUACUGGAUUAAGUAAAGAAAGAAAGAAAUAAGUAAGGCCGAUCAUCUACAAUUUUAAGAAACUUAUGCUAUUCAAAAUGCAGUGAGAGCUCUUUAAACAUAAAACACAGUCUUUUCUAAGUUUUAAAUUAUGGAUGAAGACAUCUUCAAAGAUAUUGAAUACUUAGGUAUAAAUAAUUAUUAUAUUAUUAUUUUUCAUCUGAUAUGGUUAUGUAAUAGAAAUCAACAUCAAAUAAUUAUUGAUAAUCUUUAAUAUUUUCUUCUAUAAAAAAAACAGAGUACUUUGUUCAGAUCAAAAAAUUUAUCAUUAUCGUGUGUAAACAAAAUUACACAAACUUUAUUAACAUAGAUGAAAUUAUUAAUUUGAUUAUAUUUUAGUCUAGAGAAUAUUGCAUUUUAUCAAAAAGAUAACAAAAAGGAAGUAAGAAUUAGAUGAUUAAUUUAAUGUUUAUUCAAUUUAUUUUAAGAACUAUGUAUUUGUUUUAUUAAUAAAGAUGUUUGAGCAAGAACUUAAAUUAUAUUCAAAAAUUCCUUACGUAUUUUAUGUACAUAUGUAAGUUUAUGUCAAUUUAUUAUAUUAGUUUAUGAAUUUAUGUUUUCUCUUUUUAAGUUAACGUAAUAUUUUAUCAUUGGCUAGCAACACCAUUUAUUUUAAAAUAAAAUAAAAUCCACAUUUUUUGUAGCAGUUUGAUUAAAAAUAAAUGUUGCUUAGAAUUUUAUUUAGAAUCAAAUAUUGCACAAAAAAGUGAUAUUAUUUUAAUUAAGAACACAAAAAAUAGAUAUUUACCUAAUAAAAAAAUUAUUAAUAAUUAAUUUUAAGUUUUAGAUUUAUCAAUUGGGCUUUUUCUACACACAUAUCCAACGGUUUGCUAACAAAAUUAAAUAGUCUAGUAAAAUAAGGAUUUCACUUCGGAAUGAGAGAUUGCUGAGCACUGCACACAAUCGGUCCUUUUUGCUUUCUGAUCCGUUUAGGCUUAUUUAAAAAUUAAAAAGACAAUAGAUGUUAACAUCAUUUAUGAUAUAUAAACGAACGGAGAUAAUUAAAAAAAGCAGUUUUCGCAGUCUUUGACCUUUCGUUUUUUAAUACCAAAUGCUUAGAACACUCCCCAAAAUGCAGUUAUAAGCCACAUUCCAUAUUACAAUCUCUCAUUCCGUGAUUGACUUGUUAUUUUACUGGACUACAAAAGAAACAAAAUAUUAACCUUUUUUGUCUACCAAGUAACUCUAAGACCACUACAGAAUUAUGUCAAAAGUUUACUAAACAAAUUUUAUUAUACUUAAUUGGUUUGGUAUACAUAUGUGUCAACAUAUUAAAUCUAGGAGCCUAUGAGAAGAAAAGAUCAGGAAAAUGUAUCAUUAAAAGUUGAAACGACAUAAAAUUGGAUAUUUUUUCUCAUGGCUCAUGAUUGUAACGAUAAGAAUAAAAACUCGGUAACUAAAAUUGUCUAUUCUGAUAAAAUCUUCCUGAUUGAGACACGAGAAACACUUUUUUUUUGGUCCUUCACAUGAACAGAAAAUAUUUGGAACACAAACCAAGGAAACAUUUAGUUUAAAAUGUCGUACCACUUUCCAUAAGGUUGAGCUACUGUCCUGUGUCAACUAGGACUUCACCCAACAAACUUCUCCAUCUAGCUGGGUCCCUAGCUAGAUGUCUCCAGUUUCGCAUUUCAAGUUAAGUAAGGUCACUUUACACUUGUGCGCACCACCUGAUCCGCAGUCUUCCUGUGGGUUUGGAUUCGAAGGGUCAUUGGACUUUUAACCUUCUGGCUAAGUCUACGUCGCUGUACAGCUCGUUCAAUCUUCCCCUCCACUCACCUUCAUACGCAUAAGCGACCGUAGAUCAAAAGCACCAUUGACAUCAGGCUGAGUUCUUUCGAUUAUGUCAAUAUCAUCAGCAUAAUGUGCUUAUUGGACAGACUUGAAAAUGUCGUAUCAGUUCGUUCUAAAACGAUUUUGCAUCAUGUAAAUGAAUACAAAAAUCCAUUUUAAACAAAAAAUAUUUUUUCGAUUCGAACUUGAUACAAGAAAAUCAAAUAGAUCGUUCCCAUUGGUCAGUGCUGGUGCGAGGGAUCGACCCGUACUGAUAUGUCUAAAAUAACUCAUCAAAUGAGAGCAAUAGCGGCAAUGGUAAUUCCUACAAAUGAAUAUUUUUUUUAUUCUAUAGAUUGGAAGCUCUCAAUAUUGAAAUCUUUUUCUAAACUUUAAGGCAAAAUAGUUAGUCAUUUGGUUUUUUUGGCGGUUUAAAAAAAAAAUAGUUGACUUAUAAAUUUUGCAGUUUUUAAACACAGGAUAAUUGUAUCAACUCUGCCAAAAUAAGCUCCCAGGUAUUUGCCGCCAUGAGAGUACUUUGAAUUUACUUUACAAUUGUCUUCCACAUACUGGAAAAAAUUUAUUGAAAUGUAGAUACAAAUAUACAAUUUUAUGUUGUUCAAUUUUUAUAGGAAAAUAAUACAUUGGUGCCAAUAAUUUAAAACAAAAACUGAUUUACCGACUUAUUAUGAAAAAAGUCAGCAGUACCAAUGCUAAAAUUAACUAUUUAAAAGAAAAGUCUUUCAUUUUAAUUCACUUGAGAGCGACCAACGAAUGAACUAAUAUUCGUCCAUUAUGACAUUUCUUUGUUAUGGUUUGUUUUAUUCGUCAUCAUGUUCCAAUUUCACACAAUUCCAAUGACAGAUUUUUGUCAGUAAAAGUUUCUCGGUGGCUUUCAAUCAGGACAUUUUUUUCAAUGACAGAAAUUUUUAAUGAAAACUAUAAACGUACUGCAAAAAAUAUUCCAAUGUUUGUUUUCAAUGAUGAAAACCAAUGAUAGCUAUAACUGGCGCCUAAGACAGGCAAACAUUUUAAGUGUUUAUUGUAUAUGGAACGUAAUUUGUGUUUUGAUAGUUCGUUAAAAUCAGAUUGCAAUUCGCGACGAACAAUUUCUUUUCUUAAAUAUCUCUUGUUUUGGCAGUGAAAAAGAUAAUUUUAUUAAUUUCAAAAUAACUUACACAAUAUUUAUACCUUUUUGUUACAACUUGCUGAGAAUUUAGGUUUUUAAAUUGUUAAAAAUCACAUUUAUGUCGUUCGGUAGUCGCUCUCAUGCAAAAAAAUUCCUAAAAGACUAAUUUUAACAUUUCAGAACGUGCAGACAAAAUUUUCUCAAUAUUCAAUUCUUUGCAAUGCAGUCAGGGGAAAAGCAAGUACUUUAUUUUGUCGUAAUUUCUUUCUCUACAUCAACUAGUAACCAUCAUCAAAAGUUAAUAGCACAAGGUUUGCAAAAAAUUGACAACACUAGGUCCUUAGAAAAUGUUUUUUUUUCUUAUUCUGUUAAAGCGGAGCAAGUAUCUCAUAUAUUGAGUUAAAGUUGCCUUGAUUUUAAAAUAGUCGAUAAGUAAUGUUUAACUUGGUUUUAAAUAUUUCAGAGCUGCAUUUUACUUGUAUUAAAAAAUUACAAAAAAAAGGAACCAAUUUUCAAUGUCAAUGUUAUUUUUUUAAAAUAUAAAAAUAGUUUUGAGGGAUAUAGUAACAGUAACAUUAACAUUAACAGUAACAGUAACAGUAACAGUAACAGUAACAGUAACAGUAACAGUAACAGUAACAGUAACAGUGACAGUAACUACAACUGCUAGAAGCGAUUGGGAUAGUUAAAAGAUUAUUUAAAGUGGGUAAGAGUAUGUCGUAUUCGUUUCUUACUUUAGUAGAAUCCUAACAUCAUCCAAAUGUUUUAGUGUGUGUUCAGUGUUUUAUCUUAAAUCCCAAAAAUUCUGUAAAAGUAAAGAAAAAUAUCUUGAUAAAAGUUUAAAGCUAAAGACUUUAAGGACAAGUUCUGUUAUCAUUUUUUAAAAAAAAUCCGUACUAAUAACUUUUUUUUUUAUAAACAUUUCAAUUUAAAUAUGAUGAUAUUUUAAUUUAAAUAAGAAAAUAAAAUCGUUUUAUUUUUAAAUAAUUUGAAAACUCAAGUAAUAGUAAAGUUCGUCCAUUGUGCAAUAAGUCUAAAAAAAAUAAGGAACAACAGUGUUCAUGUUUUUUUUAAAGGCAAUUUUUAUCCCUAAUGUCCUUG